ACAAAUUUUUCAUUAGAUUCCUGUGAAAAAUGCCACAGUACAUCAUUUUCAGCAUAACAGGGGCAGGUGAAGUGAGAAGAAAAGGAUCAUCUGGUGUUUUGUUCCUCAGCCCACAGCCUUGCUUGCCCUUGCCAUGUGAGACACUGAGAGCACCAGACUUAAAAGCACAUCUCCCAGUACCUGAAGAUAAUGCCAGAGGUCUCAGUGACGGCUCAGCCCCCCAUCCUUCUGCAGGAACCGCAGCCGCGGUAGCAACACGCUGGGGGAUGAGCCUUGCUGCUGCUUAUGUGGGAGCCAGGGGAGCACGCUGCUGGCACCAGUCGCUGCCGGUGCGCACAGCGGGAUGCAGUCCCCAUCUCCGCUCUUUGUGUCUGGCAAGGUCUCUGGGACAUCCUUCCUCGCUGUGCUCAGCCAGCCGUUAUGUGCGGUGGGCUGUCUGGAUGGCAGAUCUGUGCUUGCAGGGACAGCAGGAUUGCUUGCGGAGGUGCAGAACUGUGAUGAAUAAUCUUGACAGACUCAUGCUGGCCAUUCUGAGACUCAGCAGACUCCUCAUCAUGUUCCUCUCAGAUAGGAGGAAAGCAAGAAAGAUUGAUCUGCGGGAUUUCCACGAGGAGCCAGCUCAUGUCUGCCCAGGCUUUGUGCUUCUGUCAGUGGCACCAAGCGAGAGCCAGGGAGCUACUGCCUCCUCGCUCCACCACAGUGCUCAGCCCUGGCUGCCCUGGGGCGAAUGCAGACAGGCAGAUCAGGAUUGGAGCAUGGGCUGUGCAGCCUAGCGAGGCCUGAGAGGGAAAAAUAAUGAGCCAGGAUGGACCAGUGUGUCUUAGUGCUUGUGUUUUCCCAUGUCCUAUGGUGCAGGAGGGGGCUGGGAAUGGUCCCAGCCAACGUGAGCACCAUACUGCGCUGGCGCUGCUCAGCCCUCCGUGCAAAUUGUGCUGUGGCCCCACAGGAGCCAGGCAGGCUUGGUGCUCAGCCAGAACCGGUGAUGCUGGUUUGUUAUCUGGGUGCUCCGCUACCUGGCUACCCUAGCAUCACCUGCUUGUCUGCGAAAUAGAGCUGCCUCUGCUACCCAACUAGCCCAGGUCUGGUGGUCUGAAGGGGUGUCCUGUGCUCUGAGCUCACUAGCUAUGCAGGCAAAAGUGAGGAAGAAGCAUAACAUCGUGUUCCUAAAUGCUGGACCUGCUUUAUUUAUGGCUGCCUUGUUUACAAUUUUCAUGAUCACUUUUAAUUGGAUUCUGAAGAGGACAUACGCAUGUUCUGAGAGAAUACACGCACACAAAACCAAACAAAAAACUACCACUGGAAAAACACAAAACCUUUUCCCAGUCAGCUGACCUGAAAAACAGUUCUGCUGGAGCCAGGCAAAUUAAGAAUCCAUUUCCUCAACCACACUAACUGCAGAGCUAUUAAGAUCUAGGAUACUUCCUGCAAGAUGGGAUAUUUAGCAUAUGUCUUACCAGUAGACUGCAGGCAGUCAUUCUGCCCCCUGUAAUUGCAUUACUGCCAGGCUAAACCCAAGCUAAUAAACCAUACUUGCAGAUUGUAAGUGACUUGUAACAGGGCAGCUCUCAUCAGUUGCAGAGAGCUCAAAUCUACUGAAAUCAACCAUGGAGGCCCUGCUUUAGAAAAACACUCGGUCCUGCGGCACUCGUUCAUACCUCUCCCUCAGAGUGCUCCUGUUGUUUUUGAUGGUAUUGUUCCCAGUGUGGUUGAUGAAAGUGGUUUUGGGGGCAGGGAGAGAAAUCUUUGGGUAAGAAAGGGAAAUCUUAGCACUAGGUUACUAAAUAGCCUGAAUAUCCAGAAUCGUUUUUAAACUACCUCCUCCCCAAUCUUAUUUUUAUGUUUGUGGGGACAAUGGUUUUAAAUCCAGAUUUAAAAUUCUCAUGGUAUUUCAAACUGUAACUCUGCUCUGAAGACCCUAAGGUGGCUAGAUACUUCAAAAUCAAAUCUCAGCAGGUAGAAGGUUAAAUUGUUUUUAUGUAGCGCAUGGAAAAGAUUUGAGUCCCUCACCAGCUAAGCACACUGAAACUUUCAAGCGUACCUGUUACUCUUUUACUUCAGUCAAAGACUGAGGAGCUGAUGCCCCAAACUCAAUUCUUCACAAACUCAGAGUAAAGGAAAAGCCACUCUUUGCAGAAUUACUUACUCUGAACUGCAUCUUUACUUAAUUUCUGUUUUACUGACCUAAAGCCCAGUGAAUUUAUUUGAAAUCUUUCCACUAGUUUUGACUGACUUAAUCAGGCUAAUGAAGAGCACUACUGGGUCCUGUUACCAUAGCAAAAGAGGGAAAAGAAUUUUGGUUUUGGAAAGCCCACAGGAAUGUGAGUUCCAAGGUGGAAACUCUGGCAUCCCUUUUCUGAGACACAAGAGGGAAGAAAUUUGUCUGUCUCCUGAUUCUGGCCCAGGCCCAGCACAAGGGAAAUCUGCCACUGGCUUAAAGGAGAAAUGGGCACAGUAUGAACCUUCUGCUUACUGCUCUUACCUGGUCAUCUGCAUGGUGCUGCUAAAAUGCUUGGUGCAAUAAAUAGCAAAAUGGCCUUUUGUGAAGGAGGCUUUUAAGCAUCAAGACAUGGCUAGGAAAUUACGGAGUUCAAGACCUGGCAUGUUGGUGUUUUAUUCUAAAUAUCAAUAUAUUAGUGUUAGGGUAUUUUUUCAUAAUAUACGUGAUGGAUAAAAAAUAAACCUUUUUCUCCGGACUCCAAUGCAAGUAAUGCUCUCCCUCAUCAUUUCUGGCAGUUAAGUUUACAUCCUAAAAGUCUUAUAAGUAAGGAACACAGAUUUUUCAAAUAAGUAACUUUUUAACACCUUCAUGGCUAUAUAUACAGAUCAUUCUCUCCUUCAGAGUCCAUAAUA